UGUGUGUGUGUGUUCUUUUCUUUUUACUUUUUUUUGCAUUAUUUUGAUUGUUUUCGUUGUGUGCCAAUGUGAUUUGCAUUUAACAUCUAAGCCAAGAUCUCAAAUCCCAAGCGAAUAGAAUUUCUUAAAUUACCAUAUUACGUAUACGCCAACCAAUUUCUACCUCAUCACUCAAAAGCCAAAAAGCAACAACAACCACGACACCUCAAUAACAACAACAACAAAUACAGCAAUAAUAAUACAGCGGCGACAACAUCAACAAUAACAGAGAAGAAAGAAGAGAGAAGAAGAACGCGAAAUGUUUAUUCGACAAUUGCAGACUGUGAAUACUCAUCAUAAUUAACAAUAACAACAACAGAAAGAGAAAGAACCGUAAUGAACUAUUAGAGAGAUUUACUCACACACACACUUGCAUCGAAAUGCUCAUACGUGUGACGUAUGCAAAUAAUUAGCAAGUAGAAUGCUAAGCUAACCAACGAACGCAUUGGGCACCCACACACCCUCAAGUUAAUUAAUUAACAAAACAUAGUCAAAACUGAACAGUCAAUAAGCCAAUAAGAAGAAGAAUAAGCAUAAGAAGAAUAAGGGAAAAGGAGAAGACAAGCAGAGCGCGUGUCUUUGUGCGUGCACAAGCACAAAAGCAACAGAAGAAGAAGGAGAAGAAGGAGAAGAGGGAGAAGAAAGAGGAGGAAGAAGAGCGAGCUCAAUUCUUCCUUUGGUGCAAUAAAAGCCGCCAAAAUACGCAAAAAGGUGACCACAAAGAAAGCCAGCGUUGUUUCGACGGUCGAGGACGACAACAACAACAACAACAACAACUACAGCAACAACUACAUCCAGAGCUUCGACUACGACAACGCUAACAACGCUCGGCAGCAAACAACAUCAGCAACAACAACAACAUCAACUACAGAGAGACACGAAGAAGAAGAGGAACAAAGCAAUAUGGACGAGACACAACAUUUCUGCUUGAGAUGGAACAACUACCAGAGCAGCAUCACCUCAGCAUUCGAGAACCUUCGCGACGACGAGGACUUCGUCGAUGUGACGCUCGCCUGCGAGGGGCGCAGCAUAAAGGCCCAUCGCGUGGUCCUCUCCGCCUGCAGUCCCUACUUCCGCGAUCUGCUCAAGAGCACACCCUGUAAACAUCCCGUCAUACUGCUGCAAGAUGUGAAUUUCAUGGACCUGCACUCGCUGGUGGAGUUCAUCUACCACGGCGAGGUGAAUGUGCACCAGAAGUCGCUGCAGUCCUUCUUGAAGACCGCCGAGGUGCUGCGCGUCUCGGGACUGACACAGCAACAGGCCGAGGACACGCACAGCCAUUUGGCACAGAUCCAGAACCUGGCCAAUGCCGGAGUGCGCACUCCGUUAAAUUCACAUCCACAUCCACAUCAUGGGGCGCUGCACGAUGACGGAGGCGCCACGCUGUUCAGCAGCCGCCAGGGACAGGGCGGGGCCGGGUCACCGCCACCGCCGCCGCCACAGCUGCCGCAGCACAUCAACAACCAUCUGCUGAAGCGGAUGGCGAUGCUGCAUCGCGGCAGCGUUUCGGGAGACGAGACAUCGCAGGCUCUGAAGCGGUUGCGCAGCUCCGACAACGGUUUGCCCAGCAGCAACAACAACAGCCCGGACUUGCAGUUGCAUGCCCCGCGCAGUGCAUCGCCGCAGCUAACCCCCGCGGACUUUAGCACCAUCAAGCACCACAACAACAACAACACACCGCCGCUCAAGGAGGAGAAACGCAAUGGACCCACUGGCAAUGGCAACUCGGGCAACUCUGGCAAUGGCAACUCUGGUGGCAACAACAACAACAACAACAACAAUAACAACAACGGAAACGGAAAUGGAAACGGAAACUCGAACGGCAUCUCGAUCAGCGAGAAACUCGGCAGCCUAACACCUUCGCCUUUGGCCCGCGGCGUCGAUGACGUCAAGUCGGAGCCAAUGGAGCUCGUCUGCUCCAACAACAACGCCAACAAUCCGAAUGCCAACGACGAGCACAGCAACGAUUCCACUGGCGAACACGACGCCAAUCGCUCCAGCAGCGGCGACGGCGGCAAAGGCUCCUUGAGCUCUGGCAACGAUGAUGAGAUCGGUGACAAUCUCACCUCCCACCAUGCCCCACCGCCAUUCAUAAUGUCGCCAGCUGACAACAAACUGUUUCCCGGUGCCGCAUUCAACUUUCCCAUAAGCAAUCUCGAUCACUCAGCCUUGCUUGGUCUCAACACACAAUUGCAACAAUCUGGCGAACUCGCUGUCUCUCCACAAGCCAUAACAAACGCCUCUGGCAUCUGUGGGCUUAAUCUCUCGACAUUCGCAGCCAACUGCAACAACAAUGUCUCAGUGGGCACAGGCAACAACAACAACAGUGCCAGCAAUGGAAACGGGAACGGGAAUGGCACUGGAAAUGGCAAUGGAAAUGGCAAUGGAAGUGGCAAUGGAAUGACACCCACACACCCCGGAGGCGGAGUCUCUAUACUUCCCCAACAACAACAACAUCAGCUGAACAGCAACGGGAAUCAGACAUCGAAUGGAAUGCUAGGAUGCAGUCCACCCACAGCGAAUGCAACGGCAACAGCUCAGCAGCAGAUGUUUGCUGCCGUUAUGGCCAACAUGGCGGCCACGGCGAAUGCCUCGGUCUCGGCCUCGGCUUCGACCAGCGGCAGUGCGAACAGUUCGCUGAACAACUCGACGCUGAACACUUCGGGGGGCAGUCUGAAUGCAUCGAGUGGCGGCGACGAUUUCCGGUGCAAUCCGUGCAACAAGAACCUCAGCUCGCUGACCCGACUCAAGCGGCACAUUCAGAACGUACACAUGCGACCCACCAAGGAGCCGGUGUGCAACAUCUGCAAGCGUGUCUACAGCUCGCUGAACAGUCUGCGCAAUCACAAGAGCAUAUAUCACCGCAAUCUCAAGCAGCCCAAGCAGGAGCCGAAUGCCCCGCAGGCCCCUAACAGUUAUUACCAUCCUCAGCAGCAGCAGCAGCAGCAGCUGAAUCAUCACUCCUCCUCAUAGGGUUUCAUGUACUUUGACUAUCACCUGCCCCCGACGAAUGCCAACUUUUGAGGUUAUGGUGAUGGUCGAACAAUUAAGAAAAAUCAAGAGAAAAAGCAAAGCAUAGUAAAUAUUAUGUAGAAGAAACCUCCUUUGUUAAGUUUGUCAUAUUAGAUUUCUACACUUUUCUUCCUCGACAGUUAAUCUUACACUCACAUACACACACACACACACACUCACACACAACUAUUUUAUAUGUAGUCUAGGCUAGGUGUUAAAUACAACAACAACAACAAAAUGGGAGAGAAUGAGGACAAGAAAUGGUGCUUCUUUCUGCAUACCGAGACGAGACGAGACCGUACAUCACACAUGUGUAUGUCGAUGUCACCGUUGAUGUACACACAGAGACAGAUUGCAAGCAGCAGUACAUACGUACAUACAUACAUACAUACAUACAUACAUACAUACAUAUAUCUUAUAAUCUAGACUAAAAUCACUUAGUUGCCUUUUCUAGUUCUAAGCGACAACAAAAUGGAACCACAACAACAAUUAGACGAUAAAAUCUCUUUUCAGUUUUCAUACUAUUUAGAUCAGGCAUGUCCAAGCCCAUUGCAUACGCGCCUCAUUGAUAUUCGAAGAGCAGAGUCAAAAACAAGAACAAUUUUGCGUGCUCUCCUCAUUCUUUUCAUUCGCUGCCUCUCUCGGCAAGCUAAGCAACAACACUUGCAUUGGAUUCACCGCAAGCAUAUGAGAUGGCAAUUACAAGAACAAUUUUGCGUGCUCUCUUCAUUCUCUUCAUUCGAUGCCUUGCUGCCUGGCAAGCCAAGCAACAAACCUUGCAUAGGAUUCACCUUAAGUUUAUAGAAGGGCAAUUACAAAAACAAUUUUGCACGCUCUCCGCAAUCUCUUCAUUCGCUGCCUCUCUUGGCAAGCCAAGCAACAACACUUGCAUAGGAUUCACCUUAAGCAAAUGAAAUGGCAAUUACAAGAACAAUUUUGUGUGCUCUCUUCAUUCUUUUCAUUCGCUGCCUCUCUCGGCAAGCUAAGCAACAACACUUGCAUUGGAUUCACAACUAGCAGAGAUAUUCUGAAUGCAUUGCAUUGUUGUCGUUCGUGUCUAACAAAAUGGUUGACUGAAUUUCUUCUUCAAAGAACAUUUUCUCGCAUCAAUGCAUUUAUGGAUUAUUGCAGUUUUCUUAAGCAUAGUUUGGACACACCUGAUUUAGAUAUAUAAAUAUAUAUAUACAUAUACAUAUAUAGUUAGCUAGCAUUACUAAGACUUUUUGGCCCUCGUCACCGCCGCUUCGGGAGAAGCCGAACACCUGAUGAGCGGGACCCAUCCGAUCGACGAUCGAUCGAAUGAUGUGAAAAAAUGUACAACUUACAACUCAGUUUUCUUAAUAUACAAUAUUACAUACAUAUAUACAUAAUAUAUACAUAAAUCGUUUUUUUUUUUUUUUUUUUUUUGUAUGGUUCUUAUGAUCUGAAUAUAUAGUAGAGAGAUAAAAUUGCAAAGGUGCCGGUAGUGAAUUCUUCAAAUGGCUUUAAUAAAAUACAAUUUAAAACAAUAUAACAUAAGCCUAGGCGCAAAUUAGCAAACUUGUGCAAGUUUUUUACCGAAUUAAGAGAGACCAAGCUAUCAUGAUGAUGAUGAUGAUGAAACGUUUUUUUUCUAUUGGUACACACAUGUACAUACAUACAUACAUAGCUAGUUGGUUAGUUAGAUUGAUAAGCAACAACAACAACACACAUUUGAUUAUCCAAUUAAAAUUUAUGAUUAAAACAUAAUAAGAAUAUUAUGAGGGGAGAGCGACCGACCGAAUGACCGACCAAUUGCGACAUUAAUUUAGAUUAGGUAAGAAACCACACUCACACACACACACACACACACACACACACACGCACACGUAUAUAUAAAGAGAAUAUUUUACGAGUAAUUUAAGAUUACAAAACAUCAUCGAUUGAUGACAAAUUUGUUAACAUCUAGAUUAGAAAUGUGUUUUUUUUUUUUGAGAGACUAUCUUUAAGUGAAAAGAUUUAAUUUGUAGAUACAUACAAUGCAUACAUAUGGCAUAUGUUAACCGGAUACUUUAUGAGUGCACCUGUGUUCGUUAGUUUAUAGUUCUUUAUACAAUACAAUACAAUAUUAUAUACAAUAUACAUAUAUAUAUGGAUAAGAGCAACGCCUAAAGCAGAUCAUACUAUGCAUAAACACUGCACCAAGUACUAUAUACUAUAUACUACAUACUAUAUAUAUACAUAUAUAUACGAUGUUACAUCCAUUGAAAUUAUACGAUGCGAAGCGAUACAUUUUUUGGUAUAUAUAAAUGCAAAUGAAGGACUUGAAUGUAACAUAGCAAUUGCAACAGUAACAGUAAUUAUUGAAGUACAUUUCGAUUAUACAUACUUACUGAUUUAAUUAACUAAUUAUUAAUAAUAAAAACCUACACAUCAAACGCGAAUAUUUCAUUUACCCAACUUACUGUCAACGAUCACCGAUCACCGAUCACCGAUCACUACUGCAAGUAAGCUCUAAACUCUUCUGUGAUCGAGGCAUUCGAUAACUCUGACACACACACACACACACACUGCGACACACGCACACACAAACACACAUACAUACUAAUGAGAUAAUUUAGGUCGAUCGACGAAAUUGAGCCAUCCAUUCCAUCAUCGUUCAUCAAUAUCACAGAUCAUAUGAAAUUCCACUUUCUCCACUCUCUCCCCUCUCUCUCACUCUCUAUGUGUAUAUCUCUCUCGCUCUCGCUCGUGUCUUCAACAUACAUAAAACCACAAUACACACACACACACACGUAUACAAGAAUAUCUUUAAUGUGCCACACAAACAUAUGUAUUAAAUUUAAUAUACAUCAACAAACAACAACAACAAGUCUGUAACAAAAACAAAAAGCAAAUCUUGAUUUAUAUGAUGAAAUAUACGUUUUUUGUUUUGUCGUCGUUUUCGUUCUAUAUAUGUAUAUCGAUAUAUCGAUAUUCGAACAUAUCGAUAUAUUUGUUUUGCUUUCAUUUUAUAUAAAUAUCGAUGCAUCGAUAUAUUUGUUUUGCUUUCAUUUUAUAUACAUAUCGAUAUAUCGAUGUAUAUCGAUAUAUUUGUUUUGUGUGCAGAAAUUACAAGUUUUUCUUUAUGCCGAGCUGAGCUGAGCUAAGCUCCUCUUUUAAUAAGCUGGCUACAACAAGAACAACAACAACAACUAUUAUUCAACCACAUAACAGCAAUCGCGUAUUACAUAAUAUAACAUGAUUAACAAUCGUCACAAUCGGGGCGACCGAGAGUCGAAUGUGCGAUGCAAAUUUAUUUGUUACUUAAGUAUCUGUCUCUCCCUAUUUACCACAACAACAACAACAACAACAAUUGAGCAACAAUUACUAAUACUUAUACACUUAUACUAUGCAAAAAUAUCCUCCCCGUAUUCCCCGAAAUUCACCCCAACCUUAACCCCAAACAAACCAACAACAAUAAUGGGGCAGCAAAGCGUUAAGUAUCAAUCCAUUCCACACUCGCACACUCAUACAUACAUUCAUGCACACACCCACACACACACACACACAUAGAGAUAUAUAUUGCACAUAUAUGUUAUAUAUAUACAGUCACAGAAUCCUCCUCUUUUAAUAUUAUCCCCCUCCCCUAACCCGUCAUAAUAUGUUUGUAUGACGGCGAUGUGAACAUCUAUCUAAUUGUGUACUCCUCCCCUCCACCCCCUGCCACGCCCCUACAACUACAAAUUUGACCCGCCUUGAAAUGCACGUUUUUCUAAAAAAAAAAAAAAAAAACAAAAACAAAAACAAAAAUGGUACAUUUUGGUUCUUUUUUUAACCAUGACAACCAAAUUAAUCAACCAAUGAAAACAUUUGAACCAACCGCAUCACACACAGAGGCAAAAUGGUGCUGCGUUUGAGUUUGAAAAAAAGAGACACUAGUGACAAUAUAGAAAAAAAAGAAAACUAUAUAUAUACUAUAUAUAGUAGUACUUGCAAAUCAAGUAAUCAAAAGAAAAAAAUAAUAACAAGUACAAAACAAAAUCAAAAAUUAAAAAUCCGAUAAUGAACAAACAAAGAAAAAUUAAAAUAAUAAUCAUACUAAAAACAUUUAAUAUACAAAACAAAUCAAUCAGGCCAAACAUGUUUCAAAAUUUUGCUAAAAACAACAACAACAACAAAAAGAAAAACAAGAAAACAACAAAGAACAAUUGGUAUUAAAGCUAUUCAAGAAAAUUGAACACACAAAUUCCAAGAAAUUACCAAUGAUUGGUUCAAUCGAAACUAUAUACGAUAUAUAUGUGUAUAUCUGCAUGGAUAUAUAUAGAUAUAUUUGUAUGCAUCGAUCUAUCACAUAUUUCAACAAAAGAUCUAAUAUAUCUUUUCGAUCCUAUUCACAUUUCACGACUAAAUGUUCGGUGAGUUUCUCAAAUUUCGAUUCCUAAUUCGAUUGCGAUUCCAAUUCCAAUUUCGAUUUCGAUUCUUUUGCCGCCUUGUGGCAUGCCACACAAUGAAUUUUUGGGCAUCCACAAGUGCUUAAGAGCAACUGCGUCGUCAGCCACGUGAAAGCCAAGAAACCAAAAAAAAAAACAAAAAAAAUCAACAACAACGAGAAAUAUACAAAAAGGGAAAAGGCUAAAAAGCUAUUCACAAACUACACAUAUUUUUUGUCCAAAAUCAAUCCAAAAAUUUGAACGAAACUUAUGCGUCUUUAAAAAAAAUUCCACAAUUAGCCACAAAAACCAAAAAAAAAAAAAAAAAAAAACAGUUUUAUUAAUAUUUUAUUUACAUAUGUUUUUUCAAAAUGCGACACAAAAAGAAAAAACGAAAUAAAGAAAAGAGAGAGAAGAAUAAGCGUCGAAAGCAAUUGCAAAAUUGCCAAAUUGUUAAAUUCCAAAAUUCAAAUUCAAAAAUCAACCAAAGCAAAAUCUUAUCUUAUUCCAAAAACCAAAAAAGAAAUGCAAAUGAAACAGAAACAGAAACAAUUUCAAAAACAAAAAGAAAAAGAAAAAAGCAAAAAAAUUGUUUUGAGCCUGGAUUUGUUAGUGUAAUAAUGUAAAGUAAACAAUACAAAAUACGAAAUGAAACGAACACAAAACAACACACGAAACCAGACCACAAGACAAAAACACACAAACUAACGGAACACGAAGAAACGAACGGACGGACCGACAGACAGAGACGAAGAGAGAGAGAGAGAGAGAGAAUAACUGUGAUGCUUGUCAUGAUCAGUUUAAUCUCUCUAUACAACAGACCGACAAAUACAAAAUACAAUACAAAACAACAACAACAACAAACAACAAAACAAAGUCAAAUAUACAGAAAAGUCACUAUUGUCUCUUUUUUUCUUCUCUUCCUAUAUGACAUAUAGGUGGCAGCACCAGCCUACUCAGCGGCGUCAUAGUGCCCGGUGGUAGUGACAACCCUAGUAAUAGUAGUAGCAACAACAACAAC